CCUCAGCUGCGCGCGGCUCGCUGCGGGAACUCGGCGGACCCCCGGGAGACUGUGGGGCAUGGGUCUCCGCUGACAGGACCCCCACGGCGGCCGAGGCGGUAAGGCCGCGCCUCCACAUUCUCUCCCGGGCCGAGGCUGGUCGGCCUGGCUCUCGGCCUUCCCGGCGCCGCCGCCCCAUCGCCCCCGCCACCGCCUCCGCCGCCGCCGCCGCUGGCUGAGGAGGAGCGAUGAGCUGGUUCAACGCUUCCCAGCUCUCCAGUUUCGCCAAGCAGGCCCUGUCCCAGGCCCAGAAGUCCAUCGACAGGGUCCUGGACAUCCAGGAAGAGGAGCCGAGCGCCUGGGCGGAGACCAUUCCCUACGGAGAGCCGGGAAUAAGUUCCCCUGUCAGUGGAGGAUGGGAUACUUCAACUUGGGGAUUGAAAUCAAACAUGGAACCUCAGAGUCCACCAACAGCCUCUCCUAAAGCAAUUACAAAGCCAGUUCGGAGGACUGUAGUAGAUGAAUCUGAAAAUUUCUUUAGUGCCUUUCUCUCUCCAACUGAUGUCCAGACUAUUCAGAAGAGUCCAGUGGUUUCAAAGCCUCCAGCUAAAUCACAACGACCAGAAGAAGAAGUAAAAAGCACCUUAUCCGAGUCUUUACACACUGUACAGUCAAAAACUACCGAAACAAUUGAAACAGAAGUGAAGGAUCCUUCUUUGUGUGUGUCAGCGCAAAGUCUGGCAGUAGCUACUCCAUCACCUAAAACUGAAGGUCAGCAUGAAGAAGCUGUUAAUAAAGAAGUUGACGUGAAGGUGCCAGCUGUACAUUUGAAAGUAUCUGAAAGUGUUACUAAUGUAAAGACUGGUACGGAAACUGCAUCUACUGUUUCUACACAGGUUCUCACAGCAGAAAACAAGGAUGUGGCUUUGGAACCUAAGGAACAAAAGCAUGAGGACAGACAGAGCAAUACGCCUUCUCCUCCAGUUAGUACCUUCUCAUCAGGUACGUCUACCACCAGUGAUAUUGAAGUUUUAGAUCAUGAGAGUGUUAUAAGUGAGAGCUCAGCGAGUUCAAGGCAAGAGACCACAGAUGCAAAAUCGAGUCUUCACCUGAUGCAGACAUCUUUCCAGCUUCUCUCUGCAUCUGCUUGUCCAGACUAUAAUCGUUUAGAUGAUUUCCAGAAACUAAAUGAGAGCUGCUGCUCCUCUGAUGCUUUUGAAAGAAUAGACUCAUUUAGUGUACAGUCAUUAGAUAGCCGGAGUGUAAGUGAAAUCAAUUCAGAUGAUGAAUUGCCAGGCAAGGGAUAUGCUUUAACACCCAUUAUAGUUAACUCUUCAGCCCCAAAGACUAAAAUAGUUGAACCCAUUGAAGGAAAACCUGAAGAAGAAGUAAAUGAAACUUUAAGUGUACCUGCAGAGGAAGCAGAAAUGGAAGAAAGUGGGCGAAGUGCAACUCCUGUGAACUGUGAGCAGCCAGAUACAUUGGUUUCCUCUGCUCCUGCGAAUGAAGGACAUACUGUCUUGGACAAGGUGGUGGAGCAGUGUGAAGCUGCAGAAAGUCCGCCAGAAGCACUUUGUGAGAAGGAAGAUGUUUGCAAGACAGUUGAAUUUCUGAAUGAGAAACUGGAGAAAAGGGAGGCUCAAUUACUAACUCUUAGUAAAGAAAAAGCACUUUUAGAAGAAGCGUAUGAUAACCUAAAAGAUGAAAUGUUCAGAGUGAAACAAGAAAGCAGUAGCAUCUCUUCCUUGAAAGAAGAGUUUACUCAAAGAAUUGCGGAAGCAGAAAAGAAAGUUCAGCUAGCCUGCAAAGAGAGAGAUGCUGCUAAAAAGGAAAUCAAAACUAUAAAAGAAGAACUUUCCGUUAGGUUAAAUAGUAGUGAAACUGCAGAUCUUUUGAAAGAGAAAGAUGAACAGAUUCGAGGAUUAAUGGAAGAGGGCGAAAAACUUUCCAAGCAGCAGCUGCAUAACUCUAAUGUCAUUAAGAAACUGAGAGCAAAAGACAGAGAGAAUGAGAACAUUAUUGCAAAACUGAAUAGAAAAGCUAAGGAACUAGAGGAGGAGUCGCAGCAUUUGAAACAGGUCCUUGAUGGUAAAGAAGAAAUUGAGAAACAACAUAGAGAAAAUAUUAAAAAACUAAAUUCUGUCGUUGAACACCAGGAAAAAGAUGUUGGUCGACUUCAAGUAAACAUGGAUGAACUUGAAGAAAAGAAUCGAAGUAUUCAGGCUGCCCUAGAUAGUGCAUACAAAGAACUUACUGAUCUUCACAAGGCCAAUGCUGCAAAGGAUAGUGAGGCACAGGAAGCGGCUCUGAGUCGUGAAGUGAAAGCUAAAGAAGAACUUUGUGCAGCACUAGAGAAGGCCCAAGAAGAAGCCCGUCAGCAGCAAGAAACAUUAGCGAUUCAAGUAGGGGACCUUAGAAUAGCACUACAACGUGCAGAACAAGCCGCUGCCAGAAGAGAAGAUUAUUUACGACAUGAGAUCAGUGAGCUUCAGCAGAGACUCCAGGAAGCAGAGAAUCGAAAUCAAGAACUGAGUCAAAAUGUUUCCUCAACAACAAGACCUUUGCUUAGACAAAUAGAAAAUUUACAAGCAACCCUGGGGUCGCAGACAUCAUCGUGGGAGAAGCUGGAGAAGAGUCUUUCUGACAGACUUGGUGAGUCCCAGACUUUGUUGGCAGCAGCAGUUGAAAGAGAACGUGCAGCUACAGAAGAACUUCUUGCCAACAAAAUCCAGAUGUCCUCUGUGGAGUCACAGAAUUCUCUCUUGAGACAGGAAAACAGUAGACUUCAGGCCCAGCUAGAAUCAGAGAAAAAUAAGCUCAGAAAACUGGAGGAUGAAAAUAAUCGGCACCAGGUUGAAUUAGAAAACCUAAAAGAUGAAUAUGUAAGAACACUUGAAGAGACAAGGAAAGAAAAGACAUUGUUGAGUAGUCAAUUAGAAAUGGAAAAAAUGAAAGUUGAACAAGAAAGGAAAAAAGCCAUUUUCACUCAAGAAGCAAUGAAAGAAAAGGACCGGAAGCCAUUUUCUGUUUCUAGCACUCCCACCUUGUCACGCUCGAGUUCAAUAAGUGGAGUUGAUAUGGCAGGGCUACAAACAUCUUUUCUGUCUCAGGAUGAGUCUCAUGAUCACUCCUUUGGACCAAUGUCUGCAUCAGCAAGUGGCACCAAUCUUUAUGAUGCUGUAAGAAUGGGAGCAGGGUCAAGUGUUAUUGAAAACCUACAGUCUCAACUAAAGCUCAGGGAAGGAGAAAUUGCACAUUUACAGCUGGAAAUUGGUAAUCUAGAAAAAACCCGAUCAAUAAUGGCUGAAGAGCUAGUUAAAUUGACAAAUCAAAAUGAUGAACUUGAAGAAAAAGUGAAGGAGAUACCCAAACUUCGAAUUCAACUAAGAGAUUUGGAUCAAAGAUACAACACUAUUUUGCAGAUGUAUGGAGAAAAAGCAGAAGAAGCAGAAGAACUCCGAUUAGAUCUUGAAGAUGUAAAAAAUAUGUAUAAGACACAAAUAGAUGAACUUUUAAGGCAGAGGCUCAGUUAACUUCUGAAAAUUGAAUUCCUGUCAGAGUGAAUGUAAACACGUAAUAUCUCAACACGGACUUCCAAUAAAUUCUUUUAUAGCAGUAGAAAUUGGAAUGUACUGUAGAAUAUAAAAACUUUUUAAAAAACUUUGUUUUACAGUAUAGUAAUAUUUUCAGUUAAAUUAUUUUGUGCAAUAUUUAGACUUUAUUUUUGAAACUAUUCUUUAAAGAUUUAUUUUUCAAAGCCUCUUUUUUUUGCCUUGAAUAACACAGAGGUUUAUUACUUUAUCCAUAUAUAAAUAUAGCUAAGAAGAGAGGUUGUUUAUAUAUUAUUGUAGAUAUGUAAGUAAUUGUAUCUAUAAUUUAUACAUGUUUGUAUAUAUCAAGAACAUUUAAAGAGUUAAUACUAACAUUGAUAUUUUGGAAUCUUUUACACUUCAACAUAUUACUACUCAUUGCAAAUGUUUUAGGUGUUCAGAUAAAAAAAUAUUAAACCUGUGGUUAUUAAAUUUUAAACCAUUUCUCAUUAAAAGAAGUCACAUUAAUAAUAUCUGAAAUUCAAAGAGUGAAUAACUCAAACAUUAAAAAAUCUUUUGACUUGAAAAUUUAUUUUCCUCAUCUUUCAUAACUGUGAACAAAUUUGGUAUCUUUUGUUACCUAUCCAAGAAAAAUUAUGCAUAGUUGAAUAGUAGACAUUUUUACUUACAAUGAUUUGUGAUUAAAACAUUAAUAUUUAAAUGACUUUAAAGAGGUAUUUUAUUAUCCUACAAAAGGAAUCAAAAAUAAUAAAAUUAACAUAAUUUACUCUUUAAAAAUGUUUUGUUCACAUUUUAUGGUCAUGUUUUUCACAGAUUAAACAAUAUAGAAUAUUCAUAACAAAAUAUAAUAUAUAUAGAUAUAGCCCAGGCUGGCCCAACACAAGGCAGUCCUCAUGCCUCAGC